AUGAAUCGCUCUGGUUACCUAACGUGGAGAGCUAAGCAGAAGUCUCAAGCUGCCUCUCAAGUCUCUGAACUUCUAGCCUCUUCGGCUAUCCAGCCAGCGUUAACGGAAGAGGAGCGCAGCCGCAUCGCCGCGCUGAUAAGAAAAGAAGGUCUCACUACAAACGAAGAGACUCAGAUCCUCGAGGAUGUUGCUUGCCUAGUCUUCCUCGACGACCAGUUUGACGACUUUGAAGCCAAAGCUGACAUAGAUGAGGAUAAGAUGGUGGGCAUUUUGAAGAAGACUUGGGCCAAAAUGACUGAGCAGGGACGAAGCUUGGCUCUAGGAAUGGAUCUCAGUGAGAGGGCAAAAAUGCUAAUUGCAAAGGCUCUAGAAGCUUCUACAGAAUGA